CCACCAUCGGUUCCGCCGGUCGGCGGGGCCGGGCCGGGCUCCGCCACAACAGCGCGGCCGCAGCGGGCGGGCCGGGCCGCGGCCAUGGGCAAGAAGCACAAGAAGCACAAGUCGGACAAACACCCCUACGAGGAAUAUGUGGAAAAGCCGCUGAAACUGGUGCUGAAAGUUGGAGGAAGCGAAGUUGCUGAACUCUCCACUGGAAAUGCGGGACUUGAUUCCGCCCUCUACGAAGACAAAUCUGAGCAUGAAAAACACAAGGACAGAAAAAGGAAAAAAAGAAAGAAAGGAGAAAAACAAGUUCCUGGAGAAGAAAAGGAGAAAAGAAAGAGAAAAGUUAAGGAGGAUAAAAAGAAACGAGAUCGAGACCAUGCAGACAGUGAGGGAGAGCAGGAAAUGAAAUGUCAGACCCCCGUCAGGAUGGAAUUGUCACCAGAGAAACCACUGACGAGCACUUUAUCAAAGCAGGAAGAGGUGGAGCAGACACCACUUCAGGAAGCUCUGAAUCAACUCAUGAGGCAGCUGCAGAGAAAGGAUCCAAGUUCUUUCUUUUCAUUUCCUGUGACUGACUUUAUUGCCCCUGGCUAUUCCAUGAUCAUUAAAAAUCCAAUGGAUUUUAGUACCAUGAAAGAGAAGAUCAAGAACAACGGGUACCAGUCCAUAGAAGAAUUAAAGGAUAACUUCAAAUUGAUGUGUACUAAUGCAAUGAUUUACAACAAACCAGACACCAUUUACUACAAAGCUGCAAAAAAACUGCUGCACUCAGGGAUGAAGAUACUUAGCCAGGAGAGAAUUCAGAGCCUGAAACAAAGUAUAGAAUUCAUGGCUGACCUGCAGAAGACAAGGAAGCAGAAGGACAAGACAGAACUGCAGCAAACUGGAGAAGAUGAAAAUGGUCCUGGGAAUGACAAGGGAGAACCUCUGGAUGGUGACACCAAAGCAUUCAAAUCACCUAGCAAAGAACACAAAAAGAAGGACAAAGACCUGCUUGAAGACAAAUUACGAAGCAAUAGCUUGGAAAGGGAACAGGAGCAGAUUGAUCGCAUUGUUAGAGAAUCUGGAGGCAAGUUAACCAGAAGACUUGCAAACAGCCAGUGUGAAUUUGAAAGAAGAAAACCAGAUGGUACAACAACUCUGGGCCUCCUUAAUCCAGUUGACCUUACUGCAGGAGAACCGGGUUACUGCCCUGUGAAGCUGGGUAUGACAGCAGGAAGGCUUCAGUCAGGAGUUAAUACGUUACAAGGGUUCAAAGAAGAUAAAAGAAACAAGGUUACUCCAGUGACAUACUUGAAUUAUGGACCCUUUAGUUCCUAUGCGCCAACAUAUGAUUCUACAUUUGCCAACAUAAGCAAAGAAGAUUCUGACUUAAUCUAUUCAACAUAUGGGGAAGACUCUAAUCAAGGAUCUUCCAGUAUUCAAGAUUUUUUUAUGAAAUCCCAAGAUUAUCCUCUCUUAAUGGCUGAUAGUUUGCUUGAUGUUCUAACUAAAGGAGGACAUUCUAGAGCUCUCAGAGAACUAGAAAUGCCACUGGAGGAAGCUGAAGGCCCACAUGAAAGAAGUGAUGCAAUAAAAGAUGUAAAGAUUAUGGAAAUUGAUAUUGCUGCCAGGUUGGAUGCUGCUAAUAAUGACAGACUUACAGCGCUAAAGGCAGUCACAAACUUUGGUAUGCCUAUAGAAGAGUUUGAUUCUGAGGAGGCUGAAAUCUUCCAGAGGAAACUUGAUGAAACAACAAAGCUGCUCAGAGAACUGCAGGAUGCUCAAAAUGAACGACUAAGUACAAAACCACCCCCUAAUAUGAUUUGUCUUCUGGGUCCAUCUUACAGGGAAAUGCACUUGGCGGAGAGAGUAACCAAUAACCUGAAAGAACUUGCACAACAAGUGACUCCAGGUGAUAUUGUUAGUACAUAUGGAAUCCGGAAAGCAAUGGGAAUCUCAGUUCCUGUACCUGACACAGAAGACAGCUGGGUAGAUUUGACAGAGGACUUUGAAGAGCCUAAAAAGACCAUCACCAUCCCUGAAAACGAGUGUGGCGCAGUUACAGGCUGAAGGUUCAGUUCAGUUUACAGUUGUUUGUUUGAUUCUGUUUAAGAACCAAGUAAAGGUCCUUCAGGUGCAUUCACCAUGUGUGUAUAUUGUGUGUUAAACUACUUUUGUUUAUUAAAUUUUGGAACUGAUGGCUUUUGAAGUUGAAGGGUUUGUAUUAGAGUUACUUCUGCUACAUAAAUGUACUAAAUUAUU